AUGACCCUCCUACCACCCCUCGGACGCCUCCGUCUCGCCUCCCCAGAGAACAUCCUCCGCCUAGGAGUUGUCUGCACCUCCGGCUUCCGCUACUCGGAGCACUUCAUCUGGGAACGCACAGCCCACGACCGGCAUCCCCGAAACACAGUCACCUUUUUCAGACAUGAAGUCGCCGAGUUCAUCAAAACCCCCGAGUUGUCGCUCUCGUUGCUGUCGAUGCCUACGACCCUGAUGAAUCCUCCAAACCCGAAGCAAUCAAACCCGUUGAUAACGUUUGGACACCGCCGCCAGCCGGGACACCCGUGGUAG